UGCAACAUGGCGGCCCCCAUGGCUGUGGAAAGGGGUGAAAAGAGAGAUUUUACAACUGCUGUUCACGUUGAUGAAAUCCGCUCUGGUGCCAAAGGAAGUAUAUUUAUUUGUGGAGAAGGAAACAGGCAUCCGAUUUGUGUUAUUCAGAACUGUUCAAAAUUCGUUUACAUCUAUGAAAACACAGUCAGAAAAUUAACAUUGCAGUGUAUUGUUCAUCUUCCAAGUAAUUGUCGUUGUAUGUGUGUAUCAAGAGAUCCACAAGGAGAAGAGCAUCUUAUUUUCUGCCUGAAAGAUGGACGUAUUCUCAAGCAAAGUGUACAGAGCUUCACUGAGGAAACGAGAUCCAAGAAGAAAAAGAAGAAGAAAGACAAACAUAAAGGUCAAGAUAGGCUGAUGGAAGUUGUAGCUGACCCUCUACCAAAAGGCGGUGAUGGAGACUGUCCACCAAGAAACCAAGACAUCUUCGGUGAUCUCCUUAGCGAAGCGAACCCAUCCUCCUCUGCAGCUCAACCCAUGGACAUCAUCCAAGAUGAAUUCAUAGCCAAAGUUGUCGUCUUAGGCGACGACCACGUAAUUUUCAUCGAGCCCAACGUCCAAGAUGUGAUGUUUGUGAACGGAUGCCUCAUCUUCUGUGCAGAGUGUACUUCGGGAUGGACAAUCUCUUUGUACUAUCAACGUGCCAAUGGUCAACAUGUCAAAGGUCUAUCCCAACCCAAUGGCACAACAUCUCAUGAUGCGUCAACCAAACAUUUUGAAUUUGACAAAUCACCUGCAUUUAAAACGCUCCUACCCGGAAGACAGAUCGAUGUGAAGAGUCAGGGUAGUAGUAGCUUCUUCAACUCAGAGAGACCCAUCAGGCACACUGGGGAAACAUCCAUAGAGGAUGAACCCAACGUGCAUGAAAAACCACAGCUUUUCUGUGUAAUUUCUCAAAGCAUGUCAGGAAAUUCAUUUGCCACUCUCAGUAAAACACUAACAAUAGACGACGGCCUGUAUAACACCCUGUUUGGCUCAGAAACAAACCUGCUUGGCACACCGGUCAUCCUGACCAGCCUUCCUGAUGGCCACAUUUACCAAUCCCCUCUAAGACCUAGCAACCGGUCCAAUCCGUAUCCAGCUAGAUCCAACACGUUUAGUUUGCGCACAAGUUUGUUUUUUGUUUCAGACCAGCCGGUGGCGUUCAUUCAUGGAUUGCGGGCAGUCCCGAAUGAAACCGAACAGAACAAUUCCGCCAGUAGUUGUAUGUGCAUUUUGGGACGGUACGGGCGAGUUGUCUGUAUCGCUGAAAGCAGUCAUGACGACCAGCCCAAGAAAUUCACUGAGAGCUUCAUCCACGGUCCAGUACAAACUGCUUGCAAGACCAGAACACAUCAAGAGAUCAUGUAUUCAACUGGCAAAGAGAUAUAUUGUCUUUCCCUUUCAAACUCUAAAAAGAGUGACUCAUCAACGACCAAGGACACUUUUUCUUGCUCAUCCGUUAUUGGAGUUGCAGAGAUCAGAGCUCUAGCUGAGCUUGGGAGACCAAAGACAGAUGUAAAUGGAAGUAGUCAACUCGUUGCUCUUACAGUGAGUGGAAACGUUCUUAAGGUCAAUCUGCGGCCAGUCGGUUCUCGUGGAAACACUAUUCAACCAAUCAUCACAGCAGCUGCAGCUGGCAAACGGGUGCAAGAAUCGCUCCAAGCAAUAAACAACAUCUCUUCGAGGUCACACGAGCUCGCCAAACUCAGCCACGCCCAGGACCAAAUCCUCCCCGAAAUGAGUAAAGCCUUUCAUUUAUCCAGCAUGUUGCUGAGCGAAUGUAAAGUGUCCGGAAGUUCCGGGAUGUUCACUUUGGACGCGAAAUGCGCAUUCAGGAAUAACGGGAUGAUGUGCGAUACGGAGCUCUUGUGUAAAGUGACCAAUCACAGCCAGUGGAGCUUGUCACAUGGUUGGGCACUCACAGUAUCAAUGGAGACAGCUUCUGAGUGGACACAAGUUGCUGAAGGCGCAAAGUAUAACAUGACCAAGAGCGUGCAGUUGGUGGACUUCCAACCGAAUCAGACUGUUGAGGUUAUUUUACCUUUGCUCAAUCGGGAAGUAUGUAUCAGCUUGCCAGUCAAUGUACAAACUUUUCUGCACUUUUCCCCAAGGGAAUACAUAUCCUCGCUCUUGCCAGAAAAGAACAUGAAAGUAGAAAGUCACACUAAUCUUGAAGAAAGUGGAAUUCUUCUCCCGCUGAAUAAGCCAAGAGUCAUAGACCUGAUGACUGUCCUGAGACCAGUCCAAGAUGAUGCAGCUGGGGUCCAGGGCAACGGAGCAGUCACAAGACAAUGCCAGACAACAACUAACAGUGGCUCUGAUUGGCUGGAUUCAGCAUUGCAAGAUACUGCAAGGCUGCGGCACUCCACCUAUCAGGGUGCACGUUCUACCAGAGAUGCCGACGAUAAAUCAGUAGAUGUUUGCAUAACACUCAGAAGUGAUGUCACAACAAUGAUUUUGGAAAAGCGUAAAAACCAUGGGAACAGUCGUCAAGUUCAGGUCCUAAGAUGGCUUUUGGAGGACAACACAUUCACAACACAGUCAACGAAUCCACUCAGUCUUCGGACCCCAGACGGUAAGGUCGUGACCUUUGAGGUCAAGGGUCAGCAACAGAGGCAGGGCACUGCAGACGGAGGCUCAGAAAUAAGAGAGGCUGUGGAAGUGGUUGUCAGGGCACCAGACUAUCCAACCCUGACACAGUUGCAACUGGCUGUCAACCAAAGGAUUAAGGUACUGCUGGAAAGUGAAGGUUCACAAGUUGGCAUCAACACCACUCAAAAACAACUGCAGAACGAGCUCGGCAAAGUCCAGAUUCUCCGAAAGAACCUGCAAUCUCUCCAAGAUGCUGUGAUAAGGGACCAGCUGUCUAGCACACAGUGGCACGCCAAAUCAACACUGGAAUUGUAUCAACAGCUUAGGACCCGGCUAACUUUCAUGUGAAAUUGGUGUCUACCUUCCAUUGUGAAACUUAUUUUCGUCAGAGACACAUAAUAACCAAAGACUUUGUUUUUUACAAAUAAGUCAAAAUGAACAAGACUAUUAUAUACAUAGAAUUGGUAAUAUUUGCCAUUUUUUAAUUAAUGUUUUACUCUAAAGUGUGUUUUGUUAAAACACCUGCACAUGAAGUUGGGCCCGGGUCUACAGAAAUACAAAUCUGUUGUGCCUUUGUGUGAAAAAAAAAAAUAAUAAAAUGUCUUAGCCCUGCCUCAGCGGAAAAAUAUCAUUGGCACUUUGUAUUAGUAAGACACAAAGAAGACUUCAUAGUUUUGUUUUGAGAAUGUAGCCACUGCUUUACCUCAUCUUAAAGAAAUCAGGAGGAAAGGCCAAGAUUUGCCAAACUAGUCUUUUUAUGCAAGUACAGGAACUUCUGUUUUUUGUUAAAAUAUAUAUAUAAAAAAAGUUUAAUGAAUGUGGAAAUCAAUGUUAUAGCAUUAUAGAAAUCGUCAGGCAAUACAUUUGUAUGUCAUAUCUCAAGUGUGCUGAGGUUGUUUCUCAAGUAUGAUGAGGUUGUAUUUCAAUUACAAUGAGGUCGUGGCUUAUAUAAAUUAUCUGCAAAGUUUUGCUUUGCAUGACAUUUGUAA